CAACUCUAGUUCUUUAGCACAAUUUGCGAAAUGGAAUCGAAAGACGAUGAUUAUUGGAAUGAUUCCACCAACAAGUCGUUCAAUUUCGACGAGGACGAUGUGGCUGUUCUCGAAAUAGCGACUAACAACAAGCGAAGCAUCUUCGGUGAUGAUACCGCAUCGGAGUCAAACUAUGGGAGUGGUCAAUUGGAACUCCCACUGCACAGUAUCAUUUCGGAUGAGAAUCUCGAACUGAUUCUGCAGGAACAGUCACGCAAUGAAAUGACCAUUCCCAAGGGUAUAUCACUCGAGGAAGAAGUGAAACUGUUGCGGAAGAAGAUACAAGAAUUUAAUUAUGCGCCAACGACAGCAUCGGUCGUCCGCAAGCUGAUCCUUGGCAAACCAUGCUCGCUAGAAAUGUUUCGAUCGAUGGCAGAAAAAGAGCAACUGCUGGAUGAAGCGAUCGGUUCCGGAUGUGGCAAUGCGAUCCUCAAGGUGACUCUGUUUCUUGAUCAAACGCUGAAGAAGAAACUGUUCUACACGUUGCUACAGACUCGCCCCGAAGCCGUUUACCAUUAUGUGAACUAUUUAUCCCUUCGGUUGAAAGUGACCGAAUGCACCGAUCUGUUGGUAUUUUUAGGAAGACACCAUGAAGCGAGUCUAUUGCAAUUUUCCGUAUUUGUAUGCAGCACAUCGAAUUUGGACAUUAAACGACAGCGGCUCAAAAAGAUUUACAGCGAUUACUUUUCCCAACCGGGUGCGAACACAUUCUACGCCCAAUUGGUUUUCAACUAUUUGAAUCUUUUAGAAUAUCAAACCGGAGAGCUUCAUUCAUCGGGAGGCAGCAGCAAAGCAGUGGGAAUCCAAGACAAAUCAGUGCUGGAAACAUUGAACUACGUUUGUGGCAAAUACAAAUGGGGUGACACAUCUCUACAAACGAACGACAAUCCGUUCAAGCUGGCCGAAAAUCAUCAGGUGUCUCAGGCCCAGUUCGAGUGGGUCGCUUUGAAUGAACGGGCAAAGCAACAGGCUUGGCUUGAUUUUGAUCACAUCUUCGAACGGAAGGCGUGGAUGAAUUUGAAGCAAAAAUCAUUUAAAAUUAACAUUCCGAUCGAUCGUACGAUAUUGCGAUUGUAUGCACUGCAAGCACCCGAUCCGGUUCUAAACACGUUCCUGGCCAAGUUGGAAGAUCCACAACGAAGAUUGGCUCUCGCGAGGAGAGUUCAUUCGAAGCACGGUAUCGUGGAUGCUCUUGCCAUUCUGAAGGAUCGUGCAGAAUUGGAACAGUAUCGAAAUUCGCUUGAUUCCGGAACAGAGGAACGACUUUAUGCGGAAAAUGCUCUCAAAUCUUUGAACAAUAAAUGGAAAAGUGAUGCUAUGAAGCUUAUCAAGUGAUA